UUCAUCCAGGCUUAUCCCGAUGUGGCUGCGCAAGGGCUGAACUUCCUUAUCGUCUACCAGGGCCAGACAGGACACGUUGGCGGCACAUCCUGUUCUUCACCCACAUUCACCUCGUUCGUUUCCAUGCUGAAUGACGCACGCAUCAGUGAUGGCAAAACCCCUCUCGGCUUCCUCAACCCUUUCUUGUACUCAAACGGUUACACUGCGCUGAAUGAUAUCACCGCGGGCAACAACCCAGGAUGUGGAACUGAGGGCUUCAAUGCCACUAUUGGAUGGGAUCCUGUUACUGGCUUUGGGACACCCAAUUUCGAGAAGUUGAAGGCACUGGUAUUGAGCAUGCCCUAA